AUGGCCGGCCCGUCCGACGGCGAUCCCGACGGAUGGGUCCAGUUCUGUGAGCGUCAGGCCAAAACUGCCGCUCAGGACUUCGCCAAGGCUUGCGUACAAUACAUACAAACCAGCACAAUAGACGGCACGGCUCGCCCAUACACGUCUCAAAAGGAACUACUGAAAAAAUUCGUCGAAUGCUUUUCUGAACACUUUGACUUCGAAUUUAACAAGCUAAAGGCACAGCACAAGUUACCAAAUGGCACACAUACUGGACACGACGAAAGUGACUAUUCAGAAGACACUGAGUCGCCGAAAACACAUCACAAACCAUUUUUCAGAAGGUUAUCGUUUAAGGGUUUGCGGCGUGGUAAGGGUCUGUUCCAAAAACAGCAUUCAGACGAAGUAGAAUUAUCAACGAAUUUGAACAAACACAAUAAAACUAAGUUAGCGAAAAUUGUUGUUGAAUGUAGAAAAGAAGGAUUAGUUAAUUAUUUAACUCCAGAAAGCUUGGAGCAACCUGGAGGCCCACAGAAAUGGGAAAAAUGUAGGCUAGCAUUAGUUAAGACUGUAGGUGGUUACAUGUUAGAGUUUUACUCUCCACCUAAAGCUCAAAAGCCUAGAAGUGGUGUAUUUUGUUUCCUAAUAUCUGAGGCUCGGGAAACCACUGCUUUAGAGAUGCCUGAUCAUGAAAAUACUUUUGUUUUAAAGGCUGACAAUAAUAUGGAAUAUGUAAUUGAGGCAGCUGAUGUAGAUGACAUGAAGUCAUGGUUAGCAACAAUAAAGUACUGUAUGAGAUCGGCACCUACAACCCAGCCACCACCCGAUUCCCUAGCUGGACUGUCAGAGCCGGCACCCCCAGAUCUGCCACCACGAAGAGAUUUACCCUCAAGUACUAGUAAUGCCGAUUUAGCUACGGACACUCCUGAAGAGGCUGAAUUAGGUUCAAUAGCAGAAGAGGGAUGUGAUGCAGGCCCCCGAGUGUCUCUUAGUGAGUGGCCAUGGUUCCAUGGGACGUUAGCCCGGUCGGCAGCUGCAGCAUGUGUUUUGGCUGGUGGAACUGCAGCUCAUGGGUGCUACCUUGUUAGGCAGAGUGAGACACGGCGGGGAGAAUAUGUGCUCACUUUUAAUUUCCAGGGCCGAGCUAAACACCUGCGAAUGACACUAAGCGAAUCUGGACAAUGCCGGGUGCAGCAUCUCUGGUUUCCAAACGUCCAUGACAUGCUGGAACACUUCCGAGCAAACCCCAUUCCGCUGGAAUCGGGCGGGGCAGCUGACGUCACCCUUACAGAGUAUGUGGUCUGCCAGGAUGGAGCUAGAAAUCAAGUGAGCUAUACACAAUAG